AUGCCCGCUCCCCUGCUGCCGCUGCUGCUGCGAACGCUGCUGUCCCGUCUACUGCUGCCCGCUGCCCGCCUGGCCCGCCAGCACCUCCUGCCCCUGCUGCGCCGGCUGGCUCAACGCCUGGGCUCCCAGGGCACGCGCGAGGCUUUGCUGGGCUGCUUGCUGUUUGUCCUCAGCCAGAGACAGCCGCCAGACGCCUCUGGGGAGGCCUCCAGAGUGGACCGACCGGAGAGGAAGGAGAGGUUAGGCCGCCAAAAGUGA